AUGUACGUGCCACAUAAGUCAUGGUACAGCUGGGUGCUUGAAUCGCUGGCAAAUGGAGUUUACGCGUUCGGUUUCCUUUUCAUGCUUCCUCAGUUGUUUGUGAAUUAUAAGCUGAAGAGUGUGGCUCAUCUACCGUGGAGAGCAUUCACUUAUAAGGCGUUCAAUACCUUCAUCGAUGAUGUCUUUGCCUUUAUCAUAGUAAUGCCGACUUCUCAUCGACUUGCCUGCUUUCGAGACGAUAUCGUGUUCCUGAUCUACCUUUACCAGCGUUAUCUUUAUCCUGUCGAUUAUUCACGGAUUAAUGAAUUUGGCCAAAAAGGCGACGAGCUUGCCAAAGAUGAAAAGAAGGCUGAUGAGCCCAUUGCUCAGGCAACCAAGUCCAUCGAUGCAGUACCCGCUGGCUCUUCACCAGAAACAGUCCGGCCAAGGAAAAAGCUGUCGAAGAAAAUUGACUAA